AUGGCUCUGCGCUCGUCGAGGCUGGGCAUUAUCGAGAGCGUCAGCCCGCCGCAAAAUAGUAUGCUAUCGCGGUGGUAUACUGGAGGCUACGAAGACAUUGCACGAAUUAAGCGUGUUGAUAUGGACAAAAGUUGGCUGGAAGUCGUUCUGAGAGAAUUUCCGGAUGUUUUCGAUGGUGUUAAGCCUUUGUGCAGGGCAAUAAGAGAUGUCUUAUUCCCGUGUAAGGACGGUCUCUUCACUGGCACUCCACAGGAUCCGAAUAUCCUGUAUGAUCCAAUUAUUAAAGCAUUUAAUGAUACCAUAGCAGGAAUUGGGCUGGGAGUGCUAAAGAGGUAA